AUGAAAUUUAACAUAGAGACAGACCAUAAACCCCUGAUAUCUCUACUGGGAUCGAAAGCUAUUUCUGAUCUACCACCAAGGAUACAGCGUUUCCGCAUGCGACUCAUGAGAUAUGAGUAUGAGAUAUACCAUGUUCCUGGUAAAAAUCUUUACACAGCUGAUGCACUCUCUAGAGCACCGCAGCAAGAUAUGUCAAAAGAAGAGGAGGAGUUCCAGACGGUGGUGGAAGCAUACGUAGACUCCAUCAUAGAAACUCUUCCAGCAAGCGAGUCGCUACUAGAAGAAAUACGACGAAAACUACAUGAGGAUAGCGUGUUACGCAUUGUCAUGCGGUACUGUGAGGAAGGUUGGCCAGGACUUGAGAAGCCAUCAAUCAACAUUGUUACUCGUCCAUUUUGGCAGAUAAGAGAAGAACUCUCAGUCUGUCAAGGCUUACUUAUGAGAGGAAAUCGACUCGUUAUUCCUACAGCUCUAAGAGCUGACAUGUUGCAGAGAAUCCAUGAAGGACAUCAAGGAAUAUUGAAGUGUCGGGAACGAGUCAGAAAUUCUAUUUGGUGGCCAGGGAUUAAUUGUGAAACCGAGGACCUAGUGAAAAGCUGUUCUGUCUGUGUGAAAAACAGACCAGAUCACGCAGAGCCUUUACGACCAACCAAAUUUCCAGACAGGCCAUGGGAGAUGUUAGCAACAGACCUAUUUCACCUGAAAAAUGACAAUUAUCUACUCGUCGUUGACUAUUUUUCCCGCUAUGUUGAAAAGUUGGAAAGCACCACAUCACAGACCAUAAUAAAUCAUCUUAAAUCGAUGUUCGCUAGGCAUGGUAUACCGGACACAUUGGUGUCUGACAAUGGACCACAAUAUGCCAGCUCAGUUUUCCAGACCCUCUCCAGGAAUUACGGAUUCCGUCUCCAAACUAGUAGUCCUCACUAUCCACAAGGAAAUGGUGAAGCCGAACGUGCUGUGCAGACAGUAAAACGUUUACUAAGAAAUGCGACAGACCCGUACCUUGCAUUGCUUGCAUACAGAGCAACUCCAUUGAAGAAUGGAUGCAGCCCAGCUGAACUUUUAAUGGGGAGAAAACUCAAGACCACUUUGCCAGAAAAUCCGAGAAACUAUUACCUAAAAUGGCCAGACUUAGGAAAAGUACAUCAUCUAGAGGAACAAUCCCGUCAGAACCAAAAACUUAACUUUGAUUUCGCAAAGAAAGCAAGACCUGUAUCUCUGUUGAAAGCUGGAGAAACAGUAUGGGUGAAGGGAGAAAAAAGAGGAACGACCGGAACAGUGGUAACCAGGACACAACAUAGUGACCGCUCUUACAUCAUUGAGACACCCAAAGGAUCGAUUCGCAGGAACCGUCGUCACUUAGCACCAGCAAGCAUGUUGAAGGAUGAAGUAUUCGCAAGUGACACAUUUGACCAAGAUAUGGACAUUCGUAACAAUGUGAAUCCUAUGAGUGAAAAUGCGCGUAACAAGACCAGUGAAACAGUGUCGCACACUACCCGAAACCAAGUCGCGACAAAGUCUGUGAACGAGAAACUUACCUGUGUUGAUCAAAACACAUCGCACAUCACCAGAUCUGGUAGAGUGUCAAAGCCGAUCGAGAGACUGAAUUUGUGA